CCAAAUGACGAAAUUGAAUGAGAUUUUAACCAGAAUUCUGAACUCCAACGUACUAAGAUGGUUACUAAGGGUGGCAAUAUUCUUUAUCAUCACGUAUCUUAGCAUUAUUAGUGCUGUCGUAUCCUACAGUUCGUUUAGAUGGUAUAUAGUCCCUUCGCGUGGAUGGUCACUCCCGAUUAACCUCCAAUAUGGUCUGGGUAAAGUUCCAUUCGAUACCGUCAGUAUCCCAAUGGAUAGUGUCUCUCCAGAUCAGACAUACGAUUUAUCACUCGAACUUAAAGUCCCAAACGACAUAAAUAAUCUCAAUCUGGGGAACUUCAUGAUCACACUGGAAUUGGAAAACACAUUCAGCAACGAGCUGGUUGCAUCUAAACCUGCAUUGUUGACAUGGCAACAUCCGAAUGUUUUAACAUCCUUAAUUUUUAAGAAAGCACAAAAGAUCAAAGUGCCUCUUUCGAGCACAAUUCUUAAGCCAUCAACGAGAUCAUUGAGACAGAUGUCUUUCACAGCAGCUACUGUCACCGUAGGAAGACAGGAUUGGAUAGCCGAUAACGUAACAUUACCGCAGAAAGAGCUGCAUGUAUACGACGCGUCUUUGCUAUUCAAUAUAAAGUUAGUAGGAUUGAGCUGGCUACUGGUAACCUUCCCCAUCACUUCUUUUGUCAUCUUCACAGCUGGAUCCUUCAUUUUGAUCUGGUCUGUGGCUAUGCUAGUUUGGUGUGGCACGAAUCAAUCUGGCCAACUCACAGAAGAUGAUGAAGACCAUAAAGCAUUACCGGAAGGAGAAGAGGAGACACAAGAUAAAGAAACCGAGGUGUCGAGCAGAGAAGAAACACCUGUCGAGUCUGUCACACUAGAUGGUGAAUCUAUAUCCUCAUCUCAGUGGAGGUCAUACGACAGUGAUUCUGAACCAGCUGAGACACCUUCUGAGAGGAGCCUUACACCAUCAAAUGCCAACGAAGACAACACUUUACGGCAGAGAGUAGUAAGGGAUAAUCAACAAUUAGACGAGGAUGACAUCGCUAUUUGAUACCAAAAGAUAUGUAAUAAAUUUAUAUCCUAUUAUUCCAAGAC